GUCACCAUAUUUUCCAUUGGUACAUCACAAUUCGUCCUGAGAUUGAGGUGAUUUUGCUUUGCUGCGCAUGGAAGGAAAAUGAGUCCCAAAACAUAUAUUCUGGGUUCUUAAGGGUGAUUUCUACUUGGUUCUGCACAGCUCAUCCGUGUUUAUCUACACGCAUCCAUCCCAUUCAUUGAGCUGCACGGAACAUCUUGCAGACCAUUCCACAGUGAGGCGACUUCAACACCUUUGCGAGUCUAUGGAGUGUGGGGGUUCGGCUUGGAAUGAGACGUGUAUUUAUAGAAAUAAAGCUUUGCGUUAAGAAGACGCGGUACAUCGCAAGCCCAAUACUAUCAUUAUUUAUGGAGGUUUUCAUGGUUAUAUAUCUUGUCUUCAAGCAAUGCGAAUGGAAAAAUGGGUGGUUGUACAGCAACUCUGAAUCUUUGCAAGAAAACUAUGUUAGAUAUGGAAUUCGUUACGAAUUGUUUAUUAUUUAUUUAUUUAAUUAUCUAUUUUUCUUUCAAAGGAGGGAAGAGAGGAACAGUACUUCCAAUUAUCAUGCAAUAUUAUAGCUUUAGAUGUACAGGAGUGCGGUUCGGACUUAACUGCUUCUAAAUAGUCAAAAGAUGCAUGACUGUUUUUGAUUAAUAUCCUACUAUACGUACAUUUGCAUUAUAUAUAUAUAUAUAUAUAUAUUCUUUUUAUCAGGGAAAAUUCACCUCAAAUGUGUGGUGGAUGUUUUGAUUUGUUUAUUGCAAGUAUAUUCGUAGAUAUGAAGCUUCCCGA